AUGAAAAAGAAUUCGAUCUCCCUGGAUGUCUGUAGAGCAUCGGUGAAUAACGAUUGUUUGGAUAUGAUAAAGUACCUAAAUGACCAAUAUCCAGAGGAAUCUUCUUGGAGUACCGCUAUUGAUACUGCUGCCUCCAAUGGAAAUUUGGCAAUAGUGAAAUACCUCUGUGAGAAUAGAUCGGAUCGAUGUACUGAAAUCGCGCGCUAA